CACAACAAGCUAAAAAGUCCCGUCUCAAAACACUGCGCCGUGAAUGUUUGUGGCAGCUAUGAAUCGACAAGGUUUUUCCGGCACUUCAUCAAUGAACUUCUCAAGCAGAGGCACAGGCAAUGGAUGUACACCACCAGAACUGACAGAAGAGGACAAAGAAAACCUUCAGGCUGAACUUGGAAAGGUGGAAGAUGAAAUUCAGACUUUGAGGCAGGUGUUACUGGCAAAAGAGAAAUAUGCAGCUGAUAUCAGAAGGCAGCUUGGUUUGAGUCCUCUGGCCAACAUCAAACAGAAUUUGUCAAAGGGUUGGCAAGACGUCCAGACUUCAUCUCCAUACCUCACAGCUUCUGCCACACUUGAUGACAUCAGCCACUCCAAUGCAUAUUUGAGGACCAAAGAGAGUUUUACUUACGCGGGCCAUGUCACAUCCUCUGCCCUGACCAGUGUGGGUGAAGCAUUCACCCGGCGACUGGCAGAGAUGAGGGCUCUUCCUCUUCCCAGCCCUCCACGACACACCAUAAGCAUGCCAGCCAUGAGGAGUUCCCCUUCAUUUAAGUCCUUUGAGGAUAUGGUUGGAAAUGUUAAGGGAAAAAUGUCUGGAACAAAGGCCACGAAUGGAGACCCUUCAGGAUAUGCCAGAAGAGUCGCAAGACAAUGUCCCUGAAAUCACCUCAUCUCAUGCAUAGAGCACAGUGU